AUGCCCCGCCUAGAGCUUCCGGGCCUCGGCCCCUUAGCCCGGGCGAAGGCAUUGCCUUUGCCUGUUAUUCGAGUGAUCGCGCUUCUGGUGUUGGCGAAUGCGGUGGUAUGGGCGGCAGUGGGCGUGGUCUUGCACUACUACCCAUCCAUGAUUUCACCAGCUGUGCUGUCUUAUACCCUGGGGUUGAGACACGCGCUUGAUGCUGACCACAUUUCCGCCAUCGACCUCAUGACGCGGCGCUUGAUCGCCUCUGGCCAACGCCCAGUUACAGUAGGCACGUUCUUCAGCCUGGGUCAUUCAACAAUCGUGAUCAUCACCUGUAUUGUGGUGGCAGCUACUUCGGGAGCACUGCGCGAUCGGUUUGACAACUUCGAAUACAUCGGCGGCAUCAUCGGCACAAGUGUUAGUGCGGCAUUCUUGAUCUUGCUCUCCCUCGGAAAUGGCUGGGUGCUGUACCGCCUGGUGAAGCGGUUGCGUCAGGUUUUGAACCAGCCUUAUCCACACGAUGCAGCGGGUUCCACGGACGGAGAUGAAGCAGCUGCAAAUCUGCAACUGGAAGGCGCUGGUUUCAUGGCUACGAUCUUCCGCAAGCUGUUUCGUAUCGUGGAUCGACCGUGGAAAAUGUAUCCCUUGGGUGUUCUCUUUGGUCUGGGGUUCGAUACGAGUUCCGAAAUUGCCGUGCUGGGAAUCGCCAGCAUCCAGGGAGCACAAGGAACGAGCUUGUGGAUCAUCCUCAUCUUCCCCCUGCUCUUCACCGCUGGUAUGUGUAUGCUGGAUACUACUGAUGGUGCCUUGAUGAUGGCGCUAUACACGUCCAAGGCCUUCGCACGAGACACUGUCGCCAUCCUGUAUUACUCGAUCGUUCUGACCGGCAUCACGGUCUUUGUAUCCGCAUUUAUAGGGAUAGUUCAGGUGCUAUCGCUUGCGCAAAACGUAGCGGAGCCCGAAGGCAGCUUCUGGGAUGGGGUGAGUGCAAUCGGAGACAACUUCGAGAUUAUCGGAGGCAGCAUAUGUGGCUUGUUUCUCGUGGUUGGACUUGGUUCAGUCUUUCUUUACAAGCCUUGGCGGCGCAGGAUGGAGCGCCGCCGGGCACGUCAGCUUCCUUCGAAUGAUUUGGAAGACGAUCUUGAGCGGACCCCUGCUCUGAUUGAAUCUUCUGAAGCAGAAUAUGCUCCGGCGGAACCGAGAGACUCGGUAGAGCAUUCAAAACCAUCGCCUGGCAAGCAGAAACCCUCAGAAACGCAUACAUCUAUUGGCCUUAGCUGA